CAUCAGGUUUAUAAUUAUCCAAUAUUUUCCUUUGAAUUUUUACGUCCAUAAUCGAUUUUUACCCCACUUAUCCUUAAAUCCACUUAUAAGACUCAGGAUUCUCUGCCGUUAACUGAUCUAGGGUUUUUCAAAGUUCCUUUCUUUUUUUCUGGAAAUCCCAAUUAGGUUUUCGUCACUAAUGGCACGUUUGGUUCUGCCAUCGAAGACUUUCGCUUUUUCCAGGAAGAGUCUACUGGGUUUGAUCGCACCUGCUCCUAUUCAGUUUAAUUGCGGCGGUAAUUAUUUUCAGAAAAUCUCGAAAAGUAGUGUCCGAUAUAGGCAUUUCCUUUCAUCAGAGGUCAUUCUCCGAAAGAAUUGUUGCCAGUUUUAUUCUUCUGUACCAGCUGUUAAGAAAGCAAGUAGGAAGUUAAUUUGUUCGGUUGCUACCGAGGAUUUAGCCAAGCAAGAAGAGCCGAAAAUGGCGGCGCCAACAGAAAUAUUCUUGAAGGAUUACAAAAAGCCUGAUUACUACUUUGAAACUGUGGAUCUGAAGUUUUCAUUGGGAGAGGAGAAGACAAUAGUUAGUUCUAAGAUUGCUGUUUUUCCUCGCACUGAAGGUUCUGCUCCCCCACUGGUUUUGGAUGGACAAGACAUGUCUUUAGUGUCGGUUAAGAUUAAUGGCAAGGCCUUGAAGGAGGAAGAUUAUCGUGUGGAUUCACGUCAUCUAACAAUCCAGUCACCUCCUAGUGGUAAAUAUGAUCUUGAAAUCGUUACUGAGAUUCUCCCACAGAAAAACACAUCACUAGAGGGGCUUUACAAGUCAUCUGGGAAUUUUUGUACUCAAUGUGAGGCAGAAGGCUUCCGUAAAAUUACAUAUUAUCAGGAUCGGCCGGAUAUAAUGGCAAAGUAUACAGUUCGCAUUGAGGGAGACAAAUCACUGUAUCCAGUAUUGUUGUCUAAUGGAAACCUGGUUGGACAGGGUGACUUGGAGGGUGGUAAACAUUAUGCUAUUUGGGAGGACCCCUUCAAGAAGCCUUGUUAUCUGUUUGCUUUGGUUGCUGGGCAACUGGAGAGCAGAGAUGACACAUUUAUUACCCGCUCAGGUAGGAAGGUGUCACUUAGGAUCUGGACGCCUGCAGAUGACGUGCCUAAGACUGCUCAUGCUAUGUAUUCUCUGAAAGCAGCUAUGAAGUGGGACGAAGAUGUUUUUGGACUUGAAUAUGACCUAGACCUCUUCAAUAUUGUUGCUGUACCAGAUUUUAACAUGGGGGCCAUGGAAAACAAAAGCUUGAAUAUUUUCAAUUCCAAGCUUGUAUUGGCAUCUCCAGAGACUGCUUCAGAUGCAGAUUAUGCUGCAAUAUUGGGAGUUAUUGGCCACGAGUAUUUCCACAAUUGGACUGGCAACAGAGUGACAUGUCGCGACUGGUUCCAACUUAGUCUGAAGGAAGGUCUCACUGUUUUUCGUGAUCAGGAAUUCUCAUCUGACAUGGGAAGUCGUACUGUAAAGCGGAUUGGUGAUGUUUCAAAACUCCGGAAUUACCAGUUUCCACAGGAUGCAGGUCCCAUGGCCCAUCCGGUGCGGCCACACUCUUACAUCAAGAUGGACAAUUUCUACACAGUCACGGUCUAUGAAAAGGGGGCUGAAGUUGUUCGAAUGUACAAAACCUUAUUGGGAAGUCAAGGGUUCCGAAAGGGCAUGGAUCUAUAUUUUAAGAGACAUGAUGGGCAAGCUGUAACAUGUGAAGAUUUUUAUGCUGCCAUGCGGGAUGCAAAUGAUGCAGAUUUUGCCAAUUUCUUAUCGUGGUACUCUCAGGCUGGGACUCCUAUUGUUAAAGUCAAUACUUCUUAUAAUGCAGAAGGACAUACAUUUUCCUUGAAGAUUAGUCAAGAGAUACCACCAACUCCAGGGCAGUCAGUUAAGGAACCCACAUUGAUUCCUAUUGCAGUAGGUUUGCUUGAUUCAACUGGCAAGGACAUUCCUCUUACCUCUAUUUAUCAUAACGGAGCUUUGCAAUCCGUUUCAAGCAAUGACCAAUCAGUCUCCACUACAGUACUUAGAGUCACUAAGAAAGAAGAAGAGUUUGUAUUCACUGAUAUCUUUGAGAGGCCUGUUCCAUCUUUGUUAAGGGGAUACAGUGCACCUAUCCGUCUUCAAUCUGAUCUUACUGAUGACGACCUGUUUUUCCUAUUAGCCAACGAUUCUGAUGAAUUCAACCGAUGGGAGGCUGGACAAAUUUUGGCACGAAAGUUGAUGCUCAGCUUGGUGGAUGAUUUCCAAAAUAAUAAACCAUUGGUUUUAAAUUCCAAUUUUGUUGGUGGGUUCAAGCGUAUACUAACCGACUCAAGUCUGGACAAAGAAUUUGUGGCCAAGGCAAUAACUCUGCCUGGUGAGGGAGAAAUAAUGGACUUGAUGGAAGUUGCAGACCCUGAUGCUGUUCAUACUGUUCGGUCUUUCAUCAGGAAGCAGCUUGCUAGUGAACUGAAAUCAGAGUUCCUUAGCACUGUAGAAAAUAAUAAGAACUCCAGAGAAUAUGUGUUUGAUCAUUCAAACAUGUCUAGACGAGCUUUGAAGAAUGUUGCUCUUGCUUAUCUUGCAUCCCUUGAGGAACAAGAAUUCACCAACCUUGCUCUUCAAGAAUACAAAACUGCUACAAAUAUGACUGAGCAGUUUGCAGCAUUGGCUUCCAUAGCCCAGAACCCUGGUAAAAAUCGCGAUGAUGUUCUUGCUGACUUUUAUGAGAAGUGGCAGAAUGAUUACUUGGUUGUGAACAAAUGGUUUGCUCUUCAAGCUGUGUCUGACAUUCCUGGUAAUGUUGAGAAUGUGCGGAAACUGUUAAGCCACCCAGCAUUUGACUUGCGCAAUCCCAACAAAGUAUACUCUCUCAUUGGAGGUUUCUGCGGGUCCCCUGUGAAUUUUCAUGCAAAGGAUGGGUCUGGCUAUGAGUUUUUGGGAGAUAUUGUGCUGCAACUUGACAAAAUAAAUCCUCAGGUGGCCUCAAGAAUGGUGUCUGCCUUCUCAAGAUGGAAGCGUUAUGAUGAGACCAGACAAAAACUUGCAAAGGCCCAGUUGGAGAAGAUCAUGUCUACUAAUGGCCUAUCAGAGAAUGUGUUUGAAAUUGCUUCGAAAAGCUUAGCUGCUUAAAGUGCCAAUGGGGUUGGUAAGGAAAACUACAAAGCUGUCUUUUAAACUGUUAUGGCGUAUUUUUAGCCAAAAUAAUUGUUUCUGGCUAUACUGGUAGCCCUUACACAUGCAGCAUCUCUCAAUUUGGGGCGGUUUCCUUUACCCGAUUUCAUAUCGAUCUUCCAAGGAUGUAUGCUCUAUUUAUGCAAUAAGGCGGAGAACAGAAGUUUAUCUUUAUUUGAUUCCCCAGGCUCGAAGUUUAUCUUAUUUGAUUCCCCAGGCUCAACAUUAUAACGAAAGUUAGAUUGUGAUAACUCAGAUUGUGAUAACUCUGCUAUCUUAUUGGUCAUUUCAUUAGCAAAGUAUUUAUAUUUAAUCAAUGACUAUCGAAACUUAUAUUUGAACUGCGUAAUGGAUACACAAUAAAUGAUAAAGAAGUCAAUUGAAGAAUGCCAUCAA